AUGAAGAAACUGGCAGAUAAAUUUAAAUGUCAAAAAGAGGGUCAGAGGAAGGCGCUCUUCGAAGACUGCGAAGCCGAAAGGAAAAGCAACGCUGACGACAUCAUCAGACUGAAAAAGGAAAUUUCCAACUUGACGGUAGUCUCGCAUCAGACCAAGAGUCCGGUCGCUGAGUAUAGAUUGAAAGACAAGCGGAUCGAAGAAGUCGUGGGGCCUCUGGCCGACAAAUCUUGUUUCCAGGUGAAGGAGCUUUUGGACCUGCACGUCAUCAACACCGGCAAGAGGCUGGAUUUGCUUAAAUAUCGCAUGGACAAGAGGAGGAAGUACAUCGACGAGUUGGGCAACCAAUACCAAAACUUGCUAGGCCGAAGAGAAAAAAAGGAACUCAUCCAGAAAGUGGAGAAGCCGGCUAAAAAGCACGUUUCCGAAUUGCAAACCAACAUUCAUGCCGUGGAGGUCCAAAUCAGGGAGGCGGCGCACAUACGAAACCGCUACCGCGAUAUCAGGACUUCCCUGAAGAGGGACGCGGCCAGAUUCGAGAGCUCCACGUCCGCUUUGGAGGGUGAACUGGCGAAUCAAAACCGCGACGUCGACAAAUUGCAAAAGAUACUGGUGGAGGCGACCAGGAGGAAAGCGCGCGCGCGUAACAACCUCAUCAAAGAGGAGAAGGCGGCGUCGGCGGCGGCUCAGCGCCGCGAACUGGAGGCGGCGGAGGGUCGACGAUUGGUGGCGGCGGGAAGAUCCGAAUUGGAGGAGUUGGAGAAAAGGAUGUUCCAGGGCGGCAAACCGCCUCCGCGGCCUGCCCCCGAGGGGGCCGAGGCGGACCCGGACGAAGGAGACAAGUCCGCCACGCCCCCGCAUCCGGUGGAGGCGCGGGCUCAACAAUUCGAACUACUCAAGCGGGUUACAGGUGGUACCACAGCAGACGAAGUACUCGAGCGUUUCAAAUCGCAAAAGGAGACGCAGGCGCGUCUCGACUCCUUACGUCAAAAGUCGGAAAACGAGAAAUCGAAAAUCGAGAAGAACUUGGAGACGCUAAAGAGCAAACUGGAAGCGUUCCGCUAUUCGGAAGUGAAGGAAGCGGAAAGGAAGUCUGGUGAGAUGGAACGGCUCCAGACGGAAAUCUCCCAAGAACAAAGCCGUUCGGUGCGGUUCCGGGAGCAACGGAUUUCUAAGGAACGGGUCCUCGCGGACAUUCUAGAAAGCCUCCAGUCGCUACGUCUCUGCGUCAACCCGGUGGCGGUACCCGAAACGAAUCCCGAAGUUUUCGUAGACCACUUGGUGCGGGAUGUGGAAGUGAUGUUGGCGAAGCACCAAUCGGCGGUGGAGAAGGAGGAGAAAAUAGAGGAAACCCCAAAUAAGGUUGUCGAAUUGGGUGAGGAGCGUCUACCAGGGCCGUACAGUACUUUACUUCGUAAGACGCCCGUGACUCAGACUAGCGGUUCUCCGGCACCACCCCCGACACCAGUAUCUGAGGACGAGGAGGAAGUACCGUCCAGAGGGUACCUGAAGAGACAGGCGCAAAUGGUGAUCGACGCUAAAUCCAGACGGAAAAAUAUCAGGAUUCAACUUCCCAAGCGAGAUUGAAGCGACGCGACGUAGCACUUAGAUCGAAAUGCAUUGGCCUCAUUGCAGGGCGCAAAAUAGAUGCUCUUACUUCGAGCAAGUUUUAUAAAUUGCUUUCUGGGAUAAAAACGGCAGUCUUUCUGCCACUCAUAUAAUGGCAAAAAACUUUAACAAGUGAAAAUUAAAUACUUAAAUUAACUAUUUACAUAAAAUGUGAAUUAAAACACAUCGGAACGUAGCAUGAUUUCUCUCAAAGCGCCAUCUAUACAACACCGAUAAAACUGCCGCAUGUGGCGUCAUCUAUUCGAAAAAGUAAGA